AGCUUCACGCCCAGAUCCGGGCGGCCAUGGCGAGGAACCCUACCCGCACCGUCUACAUAGGUAACUUGGAUGAAAAGGUAACUGAAAGAAUAUUGUAUGAGAUUCUUAUUCAGCCAGGUCGUGUAGUAGACCUAUGCAUACCUCGUGACAAGGAAACUAGUUGUCCCAAAGGUUACGCUUUUGCUGAGUAUGAAACAGAGGAAAUCGCACAGUAUGCUGUUCAACUUUUUUCAGGACUUGUUCGGCUUUAUGGUAAAACACUCAAAUUUGCGAUCUCUGGACAAGACAAACCCUCAUCAAAUGGCAAUAAUCCACGGAUCCAAUGGUAAAUGGUGGGACAAGAGAUUAUGGCUUUUCAAACUAUUAUCCUUAUAGUGCUAAUCCCCAAGCAUUACCAGUUGGACCCGUGCAUAGCUACAGAGGGUUCAGCAAUGGUACGUAUGAUUGCAGUACAUGCAUAUUUGGUUCUAUUGUUAAUGGUAGGUAUGGAGAUUAUGUUUUGAAUGCUGCUGGCCAUGGAGCUCCGAGGCAACCAAUGUUGUAUCCGUCCUACUAGGCACCAAAGAAGGGAAUCUGCGAAGGCUGUACUACGCCUCCUCCAACUCUCGAAACAAUGAGCUAUGCACGCUUAGGCUGUAUUUGAGGAGAGGAGAUAGAGGAGAUUGGGAAGAUACGCAAAACGAGCUGACAACAUCGAAGACCAAGACUACGCAACGCACGUACAAGGACUUUUCUGGGUAAGACUCUUAUUGAAUCCAUUGGAGUGUGUAUGAUUUCUCGCCGGUCAAAGCCAAGAGAGGAGGCGAUGAAGAUGGAGAGCCCGGGGGUGCAGCCGGCGGCCGCCGGUGAAGAAGAAGGCGGCGGCGGCGUCUUCUUCUGCGUGGCGGUGACGUCCAGGGGCAGGACGGACCGGCUGUCCUACUUCCAGGCGGAAGGGGACGGCGACGACGCGGAGGAGGUGGCCCGCGCCACCGCCGCGCUCUGCCUCGACCACGCGCCGGAGCACCACCACUGGCACCACCACACCGUCGUCGGGCGGCGCACGUUCGCGUUCCUCGCCGGGGACGACGGCCGCACGUACUUUGCCGUGGCGGACCCGACGCCUGGCAGCGCCGAGACGGUCCGGUUCCUGCAGCGCGUCCGCGACGCGUUCGGCAGCUGCGGCGGCGGCGGCGGCGGCGGCGCGACCAGGCGGCGCAACCAGCGCGACGACGCCGUGGACGCCGUCGUGUGGCAGUUCGUGCGGGCGCUGCGGGCCUCCGCGGGAAGAGGGACGGCAGCGCUGUUCCCCGGCGACGACUCACGAGGUGGAGGUGACGCGUCGAGCGCCGACGGCGACAAGGACGACGAGGAGGAGGAGGAUGAUCGUGGCGGCGAAGCGAUGGCCGUCGCGGCGGACGGCGCGCGGCGGCGAACGCGGCGCUCGUGGUGGCGCUACAGCAAGGUCGUGAUCGGCGUGGAGUUGGUGCUGUUCCUCGUCCUGUUCGUCGUGUGGAUGAUCGUGUGCAAAGGCUUCAAUUGUGUCCAGCGAUGAGCGGCACAUCGCUUGUGCAACUGUAAUUACAUUUACACGUAUAGUUUGUUUUAGUCUACGUGCUGUGCUGUCCAUGAAAAACCUUGCCCGUCUUGUUAAAUCGUAAUUGUCUUAGCAACAUGGAGUACAAUUUACGGAGUAUUUGCUGUGAAAGGCUUUGCUGGUUGA